AUGAAUGCCGCAACAGCCUCCUCUGAAGAUUCAAGCCAGAGUGAAGAAGAGCAGGAAAAGUGUAAAAAUUUUGAAGAAAGUAUAGAAUCAAUGAACCCAAUGGAUUUUAAAAAUCACUUCAGAUUACGACGAAGUACAGCGGAAGACCUUAUCUUGCGCUUCUCAGAAUCGGAGAAUUUGUCGGAUACAGAUUGUGGUGGUAUUAAACAUGUAAGCUGCAGAAAGUCUGUCUAUAUAUAUCUUUGGUACGUUGGUAAUACAGUAACUUAUAGACAGUUAGGAAAUCUCUUUGGAGUGUCAGUUUCUACAGCAUGGUCAACAGUAAAAACUGUUGCUACGUUUUUGAUUUCCAUAGGCCGAGAUUAUGUAUCAUGGCCACGAGGAGUCGCUGCAUUAGAUAUAAUAAAUACAUUUGAACGUAAACACAAAAUAUCAGGCAUUAUCGGAGCAAUCGAUUGUACACACAUUCCCAUUAAAAAACCACAAAACCAUGGAGAAGAUUACUUUAAUCGCAAGCAACGUUAUAGUAUCGUUCUCCAAGCUGUUGUGGAUGCCAAUAAAAAAUUUAUUGAAGUUACUUGCGGAGAACCUGGAUCUUUGCAUGAUUACAGAGUUUUGAGAAGGUCAAAGCUAUAUAGAAUGGCACAAUCAAGAUACGAAGAAAUAUUUCCAAACUCGACAUUUAUUAUUGGAGAUUCUGCUUAUCCUUCUACAAACUGGAUUGUGUCACCUUACAAAAAUUAUGGGAAUUUAACCGAUAGUCAAAAAAAAUUUAAUGAAAAACACUCAUCUGCUCGUAUUGUAGAUGAGAACGCUUUUGGUUUACUAAAAACUCGUUUCCGAAGAUUAUUAAAAUUUACGGAGCAGACAAAUUUGGCUGCAAUAACAAAUAUAGUUGUAAGCGUUUGUAUUUUACAUAAUAUUUGUAUUAUAAAGGAUGAUUUGUUUGAGAAUGCUGAAUCAAAUAUUCAAAACAAUGACGAACAGCAAGCUGAUGAAGAGCAUGAAUUAGAUCAUGUUUUUCAAGUAACUUGA